UUUCUGACGUUCAUUUUGAAGAGUCGCGCGCAGGCGGCGUGGAGCGGUGACGGUGGGAUUGCUUGAGAAUAUAAAGACUUGUUGUGGAUUCAGUUCAGCGUCAUACGCUGUGGAUAGUAUUGUAGCAGGCUGAACGUUGAUUCAGCUGAGGGGCCGCAAUGGGCAGGGAGAGCGAGAAGGCGCGGCAGCGGAAGAUGGCGCGGCGCGCCGAGAAGGAGCGGCUGGCUGCCUCCGGGAGCUUAGUCAAGCUGGCCAACAGUGUGCCCGACCUGAUGGCCGAGCUGGCCGCGUUCCGCCGAUAUGACCGGCGCGGCGUGAGCGUCGCCCUUGAGCACCGCAACGUGGGUGACCUGAGCGAUGCCGAGCUGGACGCCAUGCUGACCAUCUGCCGCGACAACAUGCGCGCCCUCUACAACUCGUGCGAGUGGGGUUGGAACGACAAGGAGAAGCGCGGUGAGAUGACGGAAAGCAUGGCCAAGUACUUGGUGGCGCGCGACGGCGACUCCAAGAUCGUGGCCUUCUGUCACUUCCGCUUCGACCUCGACUAUGACGACGAGGUGGUCUACUGCUAUGAGAUCCAGCUGACGAAGCCGUACCAGCGGAGCGGACUCGGCAAGUUUAUGAUGUCGAUCCUGGAAUUGAUGGCGUUCAAGAAGCAGAUGCUGUAUGUGCGGCUUACGGUCCUGAAGCACAACGACGUGGCCAACAACUUCUUCAAGUCCUGUGGCUACGUGCGCGACAAAACCUGUCUUGAUGACACCAUAUAUCAGACUUACUGCUACGAAAUUCUCAGCAAGAAAAAUCCUCGGAGGGAAGAUGUCAAUGUUGGAAACGUCCCGCAGAUCAGUGCCAGUAAAAGCCAGCAGCAGAGCUGUACCUGA